AUGUCGAUGAGCAUGCGAAUGUUUUCCCUUUCAAUGAGGUCGCUUUAUGUAGAAAAAGCUGUCGGCUCAAAAGCAGAAGCUGCUGUGAAGUUUAGAGAGCUCCGGGAUGACACAAGGAACGACGCCAUGGUGUACUUGAAAGGUAUCCUCCCACUUUCUACCAAGUUUGUGUCGUCCAUAAGCGAAUAUUUUGAGUAUUUUGACGCUUUGGAGUUUGAAGAAUGGUGUAACAUGCUUUCUGACAUCCUUGAAGAGACCAUCGGCUACAGACAGCUUUGUGAAACUCUCCUACAGAUGCAUGAAGACAUCUUGGUACCACUUAAGAAGAGACAAGACGAAGCAAAGCUCGUCAUCGCAGAGUUUCAAGGCCUCCAAGAAGAAUAUGAAGAAAGAAGAAAGAAGUUUGACGAAAGUGCUCAAUCCAAAGAAAGUUGGGCGUUCGGGCUCUCUUUUGUUCCAGUUGUUGGAAUCAUAGCUAGCCAUGUGUUAAAAGGAAAAGCAGCAAUAGAUGUGGCGGAGGCAGUUGCUGUUGGAAAACAAGCCGAAAUCCAAGGAGCUGCUGCAAUCGCUGUCAGAGAUACCCUGAUCCCUGCCUUGGAGCGCUUUAUUGAUGGCAUCACAAAAGCAGCGGGCUUUUUUUCCAUCAUGGAGCAAGAAAUUCGCAAGUUUGAAGGCCAAGCGGAAAAAGGCGCCAAAUCGCCGAAGAGGCUCUACUACAAGAUUAUGAACAAGGAAGCAAAAGACAUGAAGUCCAUCUGCCAAAUGUUCUAUGCCGUUUUGCCAGCAGUGAGGACCGACUUUGAAGCCAUUCCCAUCGAAGGAACAGACCAGAACUACGUGGACCAAUGGCUGGAAAAGCAGAAGAAAGUAAUCCAACAGAAGUGCCGUGUUGCCGCACUUGCCCAAAAGAUGCUGGCAGCUAUUUCUGCACCGGUCGCCUCUACUGAUGUCGCGCAAAUUAAAACUAAUUUUAAAAAGAAAUCAGAAAAACAGUUUCACUAGUCAACUGUCUUGUGGCACAAUACUGUCUAAAAUUAUAAAUUAGAUCAAUCCCUUGAUUUCCUGAUUUCCUGACGAUCGGAAGUGUUCAUUAUUAAGCAAAAGUACUAGUGAGGUUCAAUGAUAAACGGUUUUAUUAAUAGUGCAAGAUUUUUGUUUAAGCAGUGACAUUUUAUAGUCUUAAGUCUUAACUUUUUGGUUCAAAGUUAAUUAAGUAGAUGUUGUAAGUAGGUGGUACUUAAUCAAAUAAAAUCAUUGAAUUAAAAAGCCUUGAAGUUAUUUCAACAUAUGGCUUAGUUUGCUAAAAUCAUUUUUGGCAACGUCUGCGGACUUCAGGCCGUACACCGCAACAUAAAUUCAAGCAUCUAGCUAAGUAGCAUAGCGCUCCAUUCCCGUCUGAAAAACAGAAAUUUAACUGGAAAGUGGCAACCAGGGCCGCAUUUACGAAGUCCUGUUACGUUAUCGGUUGCGGAAAGUAGUCUUCGCCAAACAAACGUUGUUUAUCACUGUAGCUUGAUGUCAACUUUUCUUGAACGAUUGUUCUUAAAAAGAGUCACGAGGUCCUAAGUGUGGGAAAAAUGAAGACAUAUCUCAAAUAAGAAGUCUUCUAAAAUACCAAUUAAUCCGUACGAGACCCUUAUGACUUUACGAUGUUUUAUGUAAAUCAAAGGCCUUGUGAUCUCAAUUUUGACGCGCGUAAGACCACUGCAACUCGAGUGCAGAGGUAAUCUAUACCUACAUUAUCUUUGAAAAACCACAGCACAAUAAGUCACAGUUUUAUGGGUGGCUCAAGGUGUUCGGGUUGAGUCCAGGGGGUUGAGUUUUUUUACUCGCAAAAUACCGGAUGGAGUACAUCGGUCAACUCUUACACAAUUGGUUUUAGUUUAAGCGGCAUUGUCACGCAAAUUUUGCUGCAUUUUGGUAAACAACAUUAGCGCAAAAAAGUGGCCAUUUUUUUCAAGUUGCAAUCCAUUUCCGUUCAUCCAUUUUAAAAACAGAACAACACGCAAAUCAUAGUCGAUGCCAAAACUGGCCAGCUCGCUGAUGGGUGUGCUGAAAACUCAUUCCCAGAACGCACUUCACAAGCCGUCUUGUUUACGUUCCAUUUUUUCCAUGUGAUAUCAUGGCGAACGAAAUGUGUACUGACUAAGAAUAGGUAGCCUGAGAAAACAGACGUCGUAUAGCGGCCUCCCCCCGCUCCGUUUCGCUGGGGGAGGCCGUGAAACGACGUAUGUUUUCUCAGGCUAAAGAAUAGGAUACUCAAAAUUUUCAUGUAUUUUCUAGUAGCUUUGCAUCUUGCAUUUUUAUGGUACAGGCCUCUUCUUGUGAUUCUCCUAACAUUUCGUUUCGUAAACAAGAGAAGCCAAGCGCCCUUGAGCCGUCUGAUCAAUAGAAUCUGAAUAGAACGUUUUCCCCUGACGUCACGCUGAAGGUACAAAACAAAAGAUUUAACGUUAGCUUCUAUUUGUUUUCUUCUGUUCACGAGCAUGGCAACUGUCCCCGAGGGGAGGGGGGGGCAUUUUACGAAAGCCUUUUGAUUUAAUGUAGUAGUUAUUUUAAUUUUGAGGUUUCCUUUGAAAAAAAAAUAAAAAAGAGCAUUCCUACAUGUUAAAAACUAGGAAAGUAAUAUUUUCUUUAUCACCCUUCACUCUAAGGUCGUGAAGUUAAAUGAAAACACUGAUUAGCUCAGGUCUACUUUCUUGGGGGGGGGGGUGAGGGGCGUCUGAACGUGCCUUUAUUGAGUGAAUUUUCUACCUAAAAAAACUUGGCUCAGUUUAAUCACUUUUUACAUUUUCAGCUCGCAGAAAGGCGAAAUACAGAAAUCAUCAACAAUGGAUGCAGUUGUGACCCUUCGUAAGGAUCUGAAGGACAUGUCAAAGAAUUUGCGACUGUUUUCUCUCUCCAUGAGGUCACUUUAUACAGAGAAUUUCGUUAGAAUGAAGGCAGAAACAGGCCAAAAGUUCAAAAAGCUCCGAGAUGAUACCAGGAAUGACGCCAUGGUUUACCUCAAAGGUAUCCUUCCACUGUCACGUACGUUUGCUAAAUCCAUGAGUGAUUACUUCAAGUACUACGAGACACUGGAUUUCCAAAAAUGGUGUGAGUUGCUUUCUAGCAUUCGUGAGAAGACUGUUGGCAACAAGAAGCUCUGCGAAAUGAUCCUGAAGUUGCAUGAAGAUAUUUUGGUUCCCUUAAAAAAGAGGCAAGACCAGGCGGAGCUCGUUGUAACAGAGUGCGAAGGCCUACAGGAAAAAUUCGAAGAAAAGAAGAAGGAAUACGAAGACAAGGCACAAACGAAAACUAACUGGGCGUUCGGACUUUCUUUCGUUCCAGGUGUUGGAAUGAUAGCAAGCCAUGUCUUAAAAGAAAACGCGAAAGCUGAUUUAGCGGAGGCACAUGCUCAAGGUGACGAGGCCGAAGUGCAAGAAGCUGCUGCAAUUGCUAUCAGAGAAACUCUGAUCCCUGCCCUUGAGAGCUUCAUUGAAGGAAUCACCAGGACAGCGGGCUUUUUUUCCAUCGUGGAGCAGGAAAUUAGCAAGUUUGAAGGUAAAGCGGGAAAAGCAAUUGAUACUCGAAAGCGUCUUCACUACAAGGUUAUGAAACGGGAAGCACAAGACAUGAAUUCAGUCUGCCAAGCCUUCAGUGCAGCCCUACUAGACGUGAACGCCGACUUUGACGUCAUUUCCAGCGAAGGAACAGAUCAGAACUACGUUGAUCGGUGUUUGGAAAAGCACAGCAGAACCAUCAAAGCAACUUGC